AUGACAUCGUUAGAGAAACAACUGAACAGUUUACGAACAGCAGUUAGUGGACAACUUGAAGUGGAGCGACCGCAUGUGUCGCUGCUUUUUGAUAAGAAAGAUGCAGGCUCGUUAUAUGUGGAAAAUGCAUUACAAAUUGGACGUGCUGGGCUAGCAGAACUGCGAAAGGUUGAUCCGAAAAUAGCUGUUAACGAAGAGGACUUGUUUGAUGAUGCGGCGGUUAAUGUGCAUCGUGCACUUCUGACAAAAGAAGAAAAUGUAGUACUUAAUGAAAAACUCGAACGAUUGAUUAUACAGCUUUCUGCUUAUUUGCAUCAUCUCGCAGCGAAGCAAAUCCUCGAAUGGUUAAUAUUUCAGUUCCAUGUACAAAGUUUCAAUGCCGAAACAUUAUUUAUUGCUUUUUUACCAUAUCAUAAUUCGAAUAUAUUUGGACGAUUGUUGUCAAUACUUGAUUUAAAAGGAUUGGAAUAUGAAUGGGUCAAAGAAUAUGCUAGCUUAGAAGCAUGCAUUCCAAUGACAAAAUUGGUCGUUAUUUGUGCUUCAAGAAAUCACUCAUUACUCACUCUUAUACACAACCAUAUUGAAUGUGUUAGGAAGUUAUUUAGUGCAAAAUUUAUGGAGACUAAACUGCCACAUUUAUUCACCUUUUUUGCUUCAAUUUCUGUUCAUCUUUUGGCAAAAUCUGAUGUAACGGAUGCUUUAGUUUCAAAAAUGUUGCCUUUCUUGGCCAGAGGCUUGAUGUCAGAUUUAGUUUCUUUGCGAUUGGCAUGUCUUACUAUAAUAAGCCAACUGUGCAUAAAUGUAAAGUUAAUCUCCAACAAGCUCGUUCCAAUUAUUAAGCUUAUCUUACUCAAAAUGGACAAUUAUACGGUGAAGGAAUCAAUUGAUACUUUAGUAGUCAUUUACCAGCGCCAAGAAAUAUUCGAUUUUCCCCUGAAGUUGAAGAUCGCAUUAAAAAUUGCUAAGAAGGAUGAAUAUCUGCAUAUUUCGAAAUACAUCAAGUGUUUGUUCUCUAUUACAGAUAUGCGGCAAUUUAUUACGGCAUUUGCACACACUUUUAUUCCAUUGCUAUCAGAAUGCGAUAAGGACGAAAAAUCGAUGGAAUUAUGCAAUUUCUGCAUCGAAUGCUUGGAUUUAACAGUAUUGAAUGAUCAUAUAUCUGAAACAAUCUUGGGUUUGGUACUGAAAUUACUGUCAGAAAUAAAUGAUGCUGAGCAAAUGCCGAUUAUUUUUUACAAGCAUAUACGUGCCUUGAUAUUUAGAUUUCCGAAUGCUUUUGCGACAGUCCGUUCUGAAUGGAAAGUACGCAAUAAGGAUGUUUACAACAUGUUGCUGAAAGCUUGUAAAUUUGAACAGCACGAGAUUGAAACUUUCGAAGUGGUUGCAGUCGAGAAAAAAAAGCGACGUCGACGUCAUAGCAGCACUAAAAGUAGUAUAAGUGAGAGAGGGAGUCAACUCUCACUUCAUGUUUCCAAACCUACACUGAAAAGAAAGCGUCCAGAAGAAAUUAAGCAGGAGCAGUUAAAUUCAGUUCGCGAACCAUUCAAAAUCACAUUCAAAGAUGAUCCGCUAGAGAAGUUGAUUGAUAUAAUUAAAGCUGGAGAUUGGCCGCUUGCAGAAGCAGGUCUGGAAGUAAGUGUUUUUUGGCCUCUUGUAACUGAUAAAUUAACUUCAUCUUCUUAUUUGAAAAACAGAAUAGCAUCUGAAUUUGAAAUGUUUUUCUCAAAAAUGGUUGCUAUUGCGCUGGCAGAAGGAGCAUGUCUUAAAACUGCAGUAAAAAAUGCUUUAUCACAACUGCCAGUGAAUGUCGAUUUUGUGGUUUCUUUAUUGAAACCUUAUGCUGAAUUGAAAAGCACCAGUCAAAGUCAUGAUGUUUGUCACUGGUCUUGCUUUAAAGAUGAAGAUACUGGAAAGUUUGAAACUAGGCGUCUCUUUGUACUGGAAUUAUUGGUUGCGAAUCGCACUCUUCAUGCAUCGGCCAAACUGUUCCAUCAGCUUUAUGAGAUUUUAAAGGAAGUUACACAGAGAACUGAUGAAGACAGUCAAUAUUUGGAGCAGCUGAUAAUCAAUUUCAUUGUGCGCUUGGUCAAAAAUCCUCGUGGUUAUAAAGUUUUGGCGGAUGAUUUGCAACUAAAUACAAUCGUUGAUAUUGUUCGCCAUACUCAAAAUCAUCGAAUUCUUCGGGAUUGUCUGCAGUUACUAACGUGUGCUGUGACUGUUUCGCCGAAAAACGUGUUGGCACAUCUAAUGUCUGUUUAUACGUUUAUGGGUGAUGGAGUGCUGAAAAAGGAUAACGAUUUAACUCUGAGUGUAAUUGAGGAAACGUUGAAUGUAUUAUUUUCGACUGUUAUAAGCGAAAAGGAUCAGUCGUUUCACGAACAACUGGUUACAAUUUCUCGUCUAUUUGCAACUUCGAUUACUGACAUUCCAGCGCAUCGACGUGAUAGAAUUUUACGUGCUGUAUCACGAUCUGCCGGAACGCACUAUGUUUGGACGGUGAUCGCCAUUCUUUUUGAGCGAUAUUGCCUAAAUUGGCCAAAAAAGCCAGAGGGCCGGACAUCAGCUGAAUUAUAUGAAGAAAUGUCGACCAUUAUAAUAUCGGAAUAUGAUGUCGUGGAACAACUCAUAUGCACCGCAAAUAUGAUAAAAUAUAUUAUCAACUUGGGAGGUGAUUUUUCAGCUUAUGAAAGUUCAACUCUAUUCGUUAGUGAGGAGAAAAAGUUUUCCUUGAAAAUAUUCGAUCGAACGAAACAUUCGGUGCAAAAGUUGCGACACUAUCGUUUUGCCAUAUUGGGUUGGAUUGCUAGGCUUUUGGAAAGUGACGAAUUUAAAGAAAAGUUUCACUUGGUAGCGAUUGAUGAUAAUUCAUAUGAUAGGCUACUUGAAACUGCGAAAGUUCUUCUAUUUUGUUCCGUUGAACUUGAUGAUUUCGUCACAGCGGAAGCAUUACAUGCUGAGAAAAAUAAUGUUCAAGCAAGUUCAGGCCAACAAACUGCAAAAAAUUGCAAAUAUUGGAUUGCAGUCUCAUCACGUGCAGAUAUCGUCAUUGAAAAGUUCCAAAAUUUAUUGCCAAGCAAUGUUUGCGGGCAUAUUAUAAUGGAUGUCCUAGAACAAACUGCAACUAUGCCAAAAUUGAGGGAUCGAGCUCUACAGUUUUUUAAUGCUAAACUGCUACAAGAUGGUUCAUAUAUAUGUAUGGUGAAGGAGAAUCAUCUGAGUAGCUUGAUUAGAAAAUUUAAUUGUUGGCUAAAACCGAUUGAAAAAGAUUUUGAUAUUGAUCUAUGCCAGAAGGCAGCCCAUACAUUGAAACUUUUGGCACGCAGUAUGACACCAUCAACAGGUUUUAUGUUGUUGUCUGAAACGCUAGAAUUAACUGUGGAAUUGCUAACCAAUCGGACCAUGUACGAUGAAAUGGUGAUAGGUAGUUUACUUUUGUUAGGUAGUGAAUUAAUGCGCUUCCAACGCGUAAAAAAUUCCAUUCUAUAUUCAAAUGCCUUGACAGCAGUAUGCACUGAAAUUCUUUCGGCGGUACUCGAAACACAAACUGUAACCAGAACUAGUUGUAAUCAACAGGCUAAUCUAUCAAAAGAUGUUUUGUGGGGACGAAGACGUCGCACUCAACACUCAAUGAGUGGUCGUUAUGUGACGAGCAGUGAUGCAUUAUUGAUUUGUUCACUGGUGUGUUUACAACGGAUUUUAGAAAAUUUUGCCGAGUUUAUUUUUGAACAUCUAUCACCUAUUCUUAUUAUUAUUUCACGGUUAUGUUGCAUAUGUGAUUACAUACCUUCAGCAGCAGCUAUGGGUAUACUUUUCAAAAUGUUUUCAUCAAUUAAUGACAUUAAAAAUAGAGAAAUAUUGUUAAAAUUCGUUGUUCGCAUAUGUGAUGUUUAUUUCCAUGGUCUUGACAUGCGCUCAAAUAAUGCAAAAUUAGGGAAAAAUGAUGUCAUCGAUAACGCUGAGUUGAUGAUUAUUGAUAGUUUUUUGGAAGUUGUUGAUAAUUUAUCUGAAAAUGAAUUCCGGAUGGUGACCAAAUCUAUCUAUAUGCGUUUGCAAGAAGCUAUAUCACUUAAAUCAAAAAUCGAGGUGCGAUAUCGUUCGAUUACAAUAUUUAGAUUUUUAAAUCGUUUCUACGAGUCAUACAAAAAUAUAUCAUUACCACAUCUUGGUCGAUUUUUUGGUUUUUUGCCAGAUAUCUUUUCGCGGUGCAAUUGCCACAUAGCAGAUUUUCACUCACUGAUAUUCUAUGAUGGCGAAGAUUCAGUAAAUACUAUUGUUAUUUCAGUGGAUCAUUUGUUAACCGUUGUGAUUGACUUUGUUAGAAACUGUGCCCGUCAUCCGGCAUUCUUUACUUUGGAACGCGCAAAAAUCGUGCUGGAUUUCUUGGUAGAUGAAUUAGAAAAUAAAGAUGUACCAGGACAUGAACUCCGUUGCGUGCCUCAUCUAGCUGAAUGUUUCUAUAAUAUUAUCGAUUGCCAAAAUGAAGUUUUAAUAGAUACAAUCAAUAAAAUCAUGUUGAAAACGCGUAGUCAAAGUUCGAAGGUUCGUUACCGCACUUUGUUGGUUCUGAAAUGGUUAUUUGAGCGUAUGGGUGAUGCGGUUGCACCAGCGUUACCGUCGGUGUUACCAUUACUAAGUGAACUUCUUGAAGAUGAUAAUAGAAAAAUUGAAAUGCAGUGUGAUGCAGUGAUUGGCGUUUUGCGGAAGAAUUUCGGAGAGGAAAUCACGGAGGGAUAUACUUAG